AUGAGCGCCCGCCCACCCCCGGCUAGGCGACACAUAUCUUCGCUCAAUCCUGCACAUCUAUCAUAUUCAAUUGCCGAAUGGGGCGAUGAUGAUGCUUGGGAUUCUGGCUCGGACGAUGAGGACAAGCAACAAACAUCCUGGGCGCGCACUCCUGUUCCAAACUCCGCGUCCUCAGCCCGAUCAACUGCACCUAAACCCGUACCACGCCCACAAUCUCAGAGUCCGCCAGAUGCAUCUACCCUAGCUUUCUCUUUCACGCACGUUACCGCUCCCAGUCCUGGCUCGUAUCCCCCCAGCGCAGGCGUGGCAUCCGCGUCGACAUCGGCGCCAUCCGAGGCUGCGCAAUCUAUAUCAUCCGGAUCUGGCGUGGCCGCAACGCCGCCGCGAGGAGAAUGGACUUUUGUUGGGAAGGAUGAGGCCAAAGCGGGAGCGAGCGGGCGGGAAGGCGAUGACGAGAUGGUUGUUGGCGAACUCGAACCCGAUUCAUCGGCUGUCAGCCUGGCGGAUUCUGACGCUGACUUUGUCGACAUGCCUAUCGCUCCGAAAUCGAGACCAGAACUCGGCGUGGUGAAGCCCGAUGCGGAGGAUAUUGCGAAAGAUCCAUUACGACUUGUACGACAACCAAUUCCACAACGAAGCUCGAGCGCUGGCGGGCCAAGCUCAAGAGCGGGCUCGCCCUCCCUAGAGCCUAACGAGCGUCUCAAGCGCGAGCGUUCUAUCAAGACGAAUAGGAAGAAUAAAUUCGUGGAAUGUUUAUGCAGGGAGGCUAUUGAUAUGGCUGAACUACGAAAACUCGCAUGGUCUGGUAUACCCGAACACCUCCGUCCCGUAGCAUGGCAGAUGCUCCUGGGAUACAUGCCCUUGCACGAGCCCGUACGAGAAGCAACCCUGGCGCGCAAGCGUGCGGAGUACACCUCAUUAGUUGAACUCACGUUCGCCAGAGGGCGCGAAGGUCUCGACCAAGCUAUCUGGCAUCAGAUCGAGAUCGACGUGCCUCGCACCAGGCCCGGAGUACCACUCUGGAUGCAUAGCACAACGCAGCGUUGCCUCGAGCGCAUCCUCUACGUUUGGGCCAUCCGACAUCCUGCGAGCGGUUACGUUCAAGGUAUCAAUGACCUCGCGACGCCGUUCUUCCAGGUGUUCCUUUCGGCCUACGUUGAGUCUGACCCUGAAAACACGGAUCCCGGGAUCCUGCCACCAGCGGUGCUCGCUGCGGCCGAAGCCGACUCAUUUUGGUGUCUGACGCGCUUACUGGACGGGAUCCAAGACAACUAUAUCAGUGCACAGCCGGGCAUCCAGCGUUCGGUGCGACGCAUGUCGGAGCUCGUUGCGCGUAUCGAUCCACCCUUGCACGAACAUCUCGCGCAGCAGGGUGUGGAGUUCAUGCAGUUCGCAUUCCGAUGGAUGAACUGCUUGCUUAUGCGCGAGCUGAGCGUGCGCAAUACCGUGCGGAUGUGGGAUACGUAUCUGGCGGAGGGCACCGACGCGUUUUCGCAGUUCCAUCUCUAUGUCUGCUCCGCGUUCCUCGUUCGAUGGAGCGACAAACUUCGCACGAUGGACUUCCAGGGCAUCAUCAUGUUCUUGCAGUCCCUUCCUACUCAGGACUGGGGCGAUCAUGAGAUGGAAAUGCUGCUCUCUCAGGCGUUCGUGCUCAACUCGACGUGGGCGAAUGCGCAGAGCCAUUUCCUUGGAAAGUAG